GUUUCAAGAACUGUGAAACCCGCCUCUUUACAUACUCUCUCUCUCGCUUCUCUCAGCCGUCGCGAUGUGGCUUUCUAGGGUCUGGUCAUGGUUAAUGGGUCCGACGGAAGACGAGCAGAUGCCCGAUUUGGAAGCGGGCAACCCAACGAGUCCACUGGAAGACGAACAGAUGCCGGAUUUAGAAUCUGCCCACGGCCCCUACGCGUCAUCUUCCUCCUCGUCUGGUCUCGGCUUCCCCGACGAGGUGAGCAUGGAGGACCAGUUGGACGGCCAGAUCCAGUCUUGCGUAGCAGAAUGCCGCGGCCUCCGAGAACGGAUCGUCCCCAUCCUAGAGACCCUGCGGCGAGUCAGAAAGGGUCCGUCUUGGCAACAGGAAAUCAAGGAGUGCGCCGGCCGUAAAGCCCAGAUGGAACAUGAUCGCGAGAGGCUGUCGAAAGAGUAUCAAGAUUGCGAAUCGAUGCACCAGCUGAAGACAUUGCUUACCAUGGUUGAAUCUAGGAAAAAGGGGAAGGCAAGCAGCUCAUCACCUCCGAGCUGAAAUGAAGGCCAGAAGAACAAGAAGAACAAGAAGAACAAGAAGAAGAAGCGAUAUCAGAUUAGCCAAGGAAAUUACUGAUGAUUUUGAAAUCAAUAUCUCAUAAGUGUCUUUGGUAUUCACUACAUUGUUGCAUCACUAUGUACUGGUACCUGAUUUGGAGCUUUUCCAAAUAACUCUUGGUGAAGGUAGUGAGAAUUGGGUAGACAAA